GUCAGCCAUCCGUACAUUCCGUACAGCCGUAGACCGGAGUCACCAGGGCCAGGCGGCAGGGCCAGGGAGACCGGAGACGACUGACGAUUGACGAUUGACGAUUAACGAGACAAUCAGUGACGAUGUCGCUCGUGUGGACGUCCAUUUAAAGAUGGCCGCGUCAUCGUGGCCGCCCGAUCGUCGUGUCGCGUCGAUCUUAGGCGCGUGACGCGUUCUUCGGGGGUUCGCGAGACCUUAGACCGACAAGGCCGGACCGUGGGUCGCCCAGACGUCGACGUCGACGGUAUAUCCGGACACAGAUUCGACACAGUCGCGGACGAAACGGCGGAUCGCACCGCCGGACGAUGAUCUAACGUCUCGCGUGUGUGUGCGACGCGUGUGAUAUAUCAUGAAUUGUCAUCAGAUACUUAGCGGCGCCUGCAAUGCGGGCGAUCGCUGCUACGCGGUCGGUUCCGUCGAGGGAAUAUCCUUCACCGCGUAUGCAGCUGGUUGUAAUAUUGUGAUUUUGGCCAAUAAUUUUGAACGAGUUCAAAUAAUUCCUGGAGCAGUGCAUAAUUACAUCAGGAUUAGCUGUCUGGACUGUAGUACAGACACAGGAAAAAUAGCUGCAGCCUAUGAAAAUCAAGUCUGCAUUUUUGAGCCGACGCCGCUCAUACACAGCACCUGUUCACAUCAAUUAGAAUACAGAUGGGUUCAAACAGGAAGUCUGCAAACAGAAUCGAAUAUUACUUCUUUGUCAUGGAAUUUAGAAGGAACAAGAUUGUUAACAGGUGGCGAACUGUUACAAUUGUGGCACCAAAAUAUCACUCCAUUUCAAGAAGAGCACACGACAUUACCUACAACUACAAAGCUGAAAAUGUUACAAACAGAAGAAGUCAGCACUACUGGAAACAAUCAUAACGUUACAGCAAACAUUUCUCAGGAUUUCAUUUCUCCUGGUACAGUAACAUUCUCAAUUGGAGGGGAAGCUGAAAGUCCUGGGCCUGGAGACACAUCUAUUGCAAAUGAUCCAGGCGGUUGGAACUGUGUAUGGAAAUGUCGUACGGCUACACCAGUCCAUCUUAUGAGUUUUAGCCCCGAUGGCACUUUGUUUGCAACAACAGGAAUGAACGAUAGAUUAGUCAAAAUAUGGUUUGAAAAUAAACAAUUAUUUCCAGCAAAAAGCAUAGAUCAUACAAGUUUUUCUCAGUCCGUGGGUAGUGACAAUUUUAGUUUUGUUUAUGUUGCACAUCCACGUGCUGUAACGCACCUUUCUUGGCGCAAAACAAGUAAAUACAUGCCAAAAGGCUCUGUGUCCAAUAUGUUGGUCACUUCAUGUCGCGAUAAUAUUUGUCGAGUGUGGGCAGAAACGAUACCGCCUGAAAUCGAAGGUUUAGCUAACAUGAGUCAGUUUGAAGGCUCCGAUAGGCAUGGUCAUCAUGGCAAGCAUCGUCAUCAUAAUAUGCACAAACAUCGAUUUAUGCAGCGGCUCAAACAUAUGAAAACAUGUUUUCAUAUUCGACGACAUGCUAAACAACAACAUCAAGCUGGCCAUACAGCACCGACUUUACCAACGCUUCCAUCUACAUAUUCUGUACACGAUUUUCAUAAUAAUUAUCAAACUUCUGGUCAUUACCCAGGAAUGCAUUUCCACUUGGCAGCCAGUAUUAAUGCAGAAACUGAUAUACCGCUAGUACCAAGCCUAAUUACUGGAGACCCCGAAAGAGAACCGAAUUUUAUUUUACACUGGCUAAAUAAUAAGGAAAUGCAUUUUACCAUGCAAGCCGAAAACAUACUGCAAGAAUUAACUCGUAAAGUAGUGGAGAAAGAAGAAGGUUUGCAACAUCAAGAUGCUGAACAUGUGGAACAUGAUUCUGAGGAUGAAUGUACACCAAAAAAAGGUGUUCGGCUGCAAACAGCUCAGAAACCAAUCGUUGGUGGCCGGUCAAUGAGUCAAGAAGAUCACAGUAGUGAUGAACAUCAUACUGCACAUACUACCUCAUCUCAUCACAGUUUAGCACAUAGUGUGCACUCUCAUCCCAGUCUUAGCAAUACAACCUCCAUUAACUCUAUAGCGACGGAUGCAACAUCCACAAUGAAUCACGCACCAGAUUCAUUGGACACAAAGAUAGAAACGUUGCUACGUGAUUGGCAUCACAAUCCAGAUUUGCUGUUCUCGAUACAUCCGAUAGACGGAAGUUUCUUAAUUUGGCAUAUUGAAUGGUUAGAUGAAUAUCACCCCGGAUCUUUUCGACAAGCCCAAAUUUCAUUUUCUACUCGUAUUCCGAACGCAUUUCCGCUCGGCGACGCAUCGACAAUGAGUCAUAAUGUAUCGAUGUACUCUCACAAUACUGGUGGACCUUUAUUGAAUAUUCGUGAAGUUGCAAAAUCUUCGACAAAAACAAAUGAUCCCAAUGAAGUCGCGAAUCCCUUACCUAGUCUAAUAGAGCAAGACGAAGAGCAAUCUACUUUGACUUCUAAAACAGGUCAGGAACUAUUGAAAAAUAUAGAAAAUACAAAUGAUCAAAAUCAAACGAAAACUGAAAGUAAUGCAUUAGAAAGUAAUAAGAAUGGACAAGAUGCGGAUCUAUUGGCUCAUCCUAGUCCGAUUGUUUCUAUGGUGUCAAAGCACUCGAAUGGUACUUUAAAUUUAUGGCAGUUAACGUUUGCGGAUAAAACGAAAUUUUCACAAGUGUUGAGCAUAGGACAUGCAUGCAGAGCUUCCGGGCACCGCUUCCGUGUAAACGACAUCACUUGCCAUCCUGUCUUACCUCUACUUGUAACAACUUCCCAUCAUAAUAUACCCGAAUUUUCUGGUACUCAAUCAACGGAAUCCAAUGAAAAUCUCGACAGCAAGCACGACUCUUGUAAGGAUAAGGAUAUUAUGUCACCCACUGGAUUUUGCAGCGAAUUGAUAUUAUGGCGCGUAGAUGCUGUGGGGCCUUUAUCUAAAAGCGGUGGAGUUUCUGAAUUGGCACGUAUCAAUUCGCCCGAGAUAUCGGCGUUUAGUAACGUAGCCUGGAUCCCGACAUUAUUACCAAGUACAACAUUAGGCAAUUUAUCCAAUUCUCCCAGUGCCUGCUUCGUAGCUAGCGAUGGAGAGUGUUUAAGGGUUUAUCAAGCUGUUAUUGAUGCUAGAACGUUACUUGCUGAGGUAUCGAUCAGUGAGAGAAGAAGCAGGAUGAUGGAUUCCAUGGCUAGUCUUUCGACGGAUAUGUCAUCGGAUGAUGGCGUUAGGCACUCCAUUCAUGAUAGGAUAAAAAUAGUAUCUCAGCAGUCAACCGCGAGACCAGGAUGCGUCAUACAGCUCGACGCUAUUGCCGAUGCUACUCAUGAUUGGCAAAACACGCAGUUCCUUCAUGUCUUUCAAGAGCAAUUGAUCACGGGCGAAAGAAACGAUGAGAAGCAACCCGGUAUCGACACAUCGGUCAAUGAUUUAGGACUCAUGGAGUCUACGUUGGACGCUAUGGUGGAUCUGCAACAAUCGGCAAUCUUCGAAGAGCCAUUCUACAUAGUGGUCCUUGAGCGUACGCAGCAGGGCACUACCGUGCACAUGUGGCGAUUGGUCAUAGCGUCGCAACCGGAAACUACUGGUUUGUCAGGCUCGAUGAUGUAUGUGCCAGAUUCUCAUUUAGUUCAAGACGAGGAUGAUGAGGGAACACCCGGUAGAUUGAGUCACGCGGAAGGCAGACGAUCUCGCAGAGCCAGUCAAACCGGUGGCCGAAGUCGUCGCGAUAGUCAAGCUGACCUGGACUCAACGUUCCUUCCUCGUCGCCAUCAAAACAGUCACGUUCUUAUCACCACCACGAAAGUCUGUACGCAAGAAUUGCCAUUACCUGACGGUGUGGAGGUGAUUCACGCUGCUCCCGCCGCGGGACAUUUGAGUAGUUCCUCGAUAUAUCCUGCUUGCUUUGCACCAUACAUCAUUGUCACGGCUUGUAGCGACAGUACUGUGCGUUUUUGGAAAUGUAAGGUAACGAAGAAGCCGGAUGACAAAUUGGACUACGAAUGGUGCGAAUGGGAGAUGACCAGGAAAGAUCAGGAAUCUACUAUUGAUAUUACUGGUCAACCGUUGAAUAUAAGCGCUGCUUAUAGCGGGCGUAUUGCUUGCGCUUAUAAGUAUGGAAAAUCGUUUACGCGUCCAACGAAAAACGAUCCGGACUCACGUUACGUGAAUCUUUGCGUCGCUAUAUACGAAUGCGAAAGCACAGGUGGCAGCGAAUGGAUAUUAGAAGAUACAAUUCAUCUGAAGAAUAUUCAUCUGCCACGAAUACCGGUGGAUCAGCAUUUGGAUCUUAGUUACUUGUAUGAUAGUAGAUUCUUGCAGAAGAAACAACGACUCACUCAGGUAUUACAGACUCUCAGUCAUGAGGAUAUAAGGUCUUCGAGAAAUGGAGAAAACGGUGAUUCCACGAAAGCUGGUCUGCUGGCGGUUCCAUCGUUCAGUACCUUGCAAUCUUUGCGGAAAUCGAUCAUAGAGAACGGUAACACGUGUCCGCUCACGCAGAAGCAUUUAGUGCAGCUCGACUGGGUAUCCAAAGAGGACGGCUCGCAUAUUCUAACUGUAGGCGUUGGUUCCAAAAUUAUGCUCUUCACUCCGGUAUGCUCGGAUCUGGCGCAGGCUAACAUGAAAGCAAUGAAGGAAUCUCAAAGCAACAAUAGACCGAUACUGAGAAAGACCUCGUCGUUAGCUCAGCCGCAAUUCGUUGACGAGAUCCGAUGGAUGAAGCUGCGCAAGAUCGAGCUGACGACGGCAGAUGGCUUGCCGCCACUGCCCAUGCAAAUAUCCUGGGUGCGCGAUGGCAUUCUGGUCGUUGGCAUGGAUUCCGAAAUGCACGUGUACUCGCAAUGGAAGCCGAAUCCGAAGAAUGACUGCUUCCAUUCGAAUCUGCAGCAUCAGGAGUCCGACGAGUUCCAAGCAAGUCGAAACUUACGCGAUGAGGAUCUACGCACGUUAGCACACGAGACAUCUCAGAGGCGGCUGGCAAACGUGUCUUCUAUGCCACAUUUGUCGCGUGUUAGCAGCAUCAAUUUAACAAUGCUGGACGCCAAGAAAAAGCGCGGUAUACAGAACGAGAAUUUGAGUUUCGACUAUAUGCCAGAUUACGGGCUGUUCGAAGCAUCGAGGAUAGCUUGUCCAGUUUUGCCACAGUAUCAUCCUAAACAGUUGAUGGAACUAUUGAAUUCGGGUAAGAUCAGAUGGGUGAAAGCUAUACUGGCGCAUCUUGUCCGAUGUAUAGGUAGUUCCUGCUCUUUGCGAGCCGACGAUGAGAAUCUGGUGAAACAACGUAGUGGCUGGUCGCGAUCGAGAACAAUGUCAGUAAGUUAUAUGGGCACAACAUCGCCGCUGGAACCGAGAGGUUCGACUACACAGAUACCGGAGGAAUUGACGCUGGAUUAUGCAGAGAUUACAUCCAUCUCUCCACUCCCGUUGUGGACUCUAUUGGUGGCCGACAAAGAAACGAAUCUACCGCAUCAACAAAGCGAGGAUAAGCAUGAUUACAACGAGCUAUUCGACAGCAAUUUGGACGAAGGAGAAUCAUUGGACGAUAUGUUGGAUGAGGAUUACGAAUGUUCGCGGCAAAAGGACAGACGGUCUUCGGUGCCGGAGAGACAAGGAAUCUCUCACUUUGGUCCCAGGCAAGGCAGACUGUUAUCACGUCUCUUGACUCACACUCAUCUUCCGGGCCUGUCCAGUCUCGACCAAAUGCAUCUGCUUGCGUUGGCGGAUACCGUGUCGACGUGUAAUGUCGAUUUCGCAGAAAGAUUCGCAAACGAUGCGGCAAAAAAUGCGAUCGCCAAGGAAAAUCUAACAGGCAUUCCGGACGGCGAAACUGUAUCCACCGAUUCGCUGGACGACUGUGGCCUCAGAUUCCUCUUGGCAAUGAAACAUUACAAUUAUCUGAUACGCUGCUUACCAUUGGUACAAAGAGCGCAAUUCCAGAAACAGGGUAUCGCGUCGAAUAAUCUCGUGUGGGCGUUUCAUUCUGAAUCUGAGGAAGAAUUACUGGGAUUAAUUCCAUCUUAUGCCAAAGGUCAACCAAAAUGGUCUGUAUUGAAGGAGCUCGGUGUAGGUUGGUGGAUUAGAAGUAAUACGGUGUUGAAGAAAUGUGUGGAGAAAAUAGCGAAAGCCGCUUUCCAAUAUAAACAAGAUCCUUUGGAUGCAGCUGUCUAUUAUUUAGCGAUGAAAAAGAAGAAUUUAGUGUGGGGUCUGUUUAGAAAUAAACGAGACGAACGAAUGACCACCUUCUUCUCAAAUAAUUUCGCUGAGAAUCGAUGGAGGAAGGCGGCUCUGAAGAACGCUUUCGCUCUGCUUGGAAAGCAACGAUUUGAACACGCGGCCGCAUUCUUUUUACUUGCCGGAGCGUUAAAAGAUGCUAUCGACGUGUGCUUAGAUAAACUGAACGACAUCCAACUCGCGAUGGUGAUAGCUAGACUUUACGAAAAUGAUACAUCGUCUCCUAAUAUGAGAAGAUUAUUAUAUGAAGAAAUCCUAGGUUGCGAUAAAGACGGGCAAAAUCAAGAUAUGAGCAGAGUGCAUCCUGAUCCUUUCUUGCGUAGCAUGGCUCUAUGGAUCUUGAAAGAUUAUUCUGGCUCUCUCAAUACUUUACUCUUGACCAAUGUCGGUCAUAUGCAUCCACAAUAUAAUGAUGAAUCUGAUAAACCAGAAGGAACAACAGCAAAUCCAAACGUUUUCAACUUUUAUGUUUAUCUUCGUACGCAUCCAUUAUUAAUCAGACAAUAUAUCGCGUCCACCGCGCAAGAUAAGAAGAAAGGACAUUCUGUAGUAAUUUCGGGAUUCAGUUAUGGCACAGAAACAAAGAGUCAGCCAGAUAAACAAUUAUUGUUAGAAGAUAGUAUUACACCAUUGGAAAGGCAACUGUAUUUCACAACAGCACAUGCACACUUUAAGGCUGGCUGUCCAGCCCUUGCCCUCGAAGUUUUAUCUAAAUUACCUAAUAAAGUUAUGGAAACAAAUGGUGAAGAUUCUCCAAGUUUACUAAACAGUCCAAGUAAGGCUAGAGCUCAAGAUUCUCAAAUAGAUACCGGUAUUAUUAAUUGGGAAAAUAAGUCGAAUCCAAUAAAUAAUAAAGAAACAGCUGGUGAUGAUACGGAUUGGGGUACAUCAUCAUUUGAGUGGUCUCAGAGUAGCAAGCGCAUGGAAGAAGAUAAAUUAGAAUUAAAUUGGGAUGAUGAUGAGACGGGUGAAGACGCCGAUAGUCCUCCUAUGAGUAUGAAACUCGAUAAAAAAGAGCAGGAUAAUGUGCAUAAGUUAGAAAAUGAUAACAAAGACGUGGUAAAAUCAGCUGGACCAUUGGAUAUUAUGGCACAACAGCUAAAAUUCGUGGCUUGCUUGAAAAUCUUAAUGGAAGAACUGUCUACAUUAGCGACAGGUUUUGAAGUGGACGGAGGUCAGCUACGAUAUCAACUCUACGUGUGGUUGGAACGAGAAGUAGAUGCAUUGAGACAACUUUGCAGCUACAGUACUAACGUAGAUGGAGAUGUGAACAACGCAGCAGAAUAUGAAGGAGGUAUGGUUGACGAUGUACCACCAUAUAAACCUGGUGAACAACCAACAUUACAUCAAAUACUAGUAGCAGAGAAAUUGGAUUUUGAAGCUAAAGUACAGAGAGCUGCAAAGAGGAAGAAAUGGCUGAAAGCUAACGAGACAUUGUUGAGGACAUUAUUAUCGUACUGUUCAUUGCAUGGUGCAUCGGGUGGAGGUUUAGCGUCAGUAAGAAUGGAAUUGGUACUCUUACUACAAGAAUUGCAACAAGAAAAGACUCAACAACAAUUGCUCAGUCCUCUUCCGUUUCCUACUACACUACCCUUACUAAGUGCCAGCGUCGCUUGCAACAAGACUGUCGUUGCUGAUCCAGUUCGACAUCUGCAAUCUCUCGCUCAUGAUAUGCUACAAACAUUAGUAGAGCUACGCAAUCCGCCAAUGCCUAACAGAAAUACACAUUAUUGCGAAGUAUUCAUCAUGAGAGAUUUAGCGGUGGCACUUAGCGCCUGUAUUUAUCAGUCGCUUUGCGAUUCAGACACAUUUGUUAUGAAACAUCACCAGCCUGAUAGUUUUCCGGCAGUCGCUGAAGUAGAAACAUCUUCGGGUGGUCAUUUGGUAGCCUCAAAUAGAUACCAUCGACGAUAUUCGACGGAUGAUGGUGUAUGCAUAACUACCUCACCUUCUAAAUGGCCAGGCGUGACAAAUUUGCGUGCAUUAUUAGCUCGGGAGAAAGACGAAGACACACCGAAGCUGAAUAUUCUGCUCUGUGAGGCUUUCGUGGCAACAUAUAUGAGCCUCUUCAUCUACGCUCUCUCAAGUUGCGACAGUCACAUUUUAUAUAGACUAGUAGGACAACACUUCGAUAACAAUACAUGGGCUUCUCUCUUUGGAGGAGGCGUUAAGAAGCUGUUACGUGUCGCGAGCACCACUAAUAGUCAGGGUGGUAAUACGAAUAGUGUCGAACGAACCGAUAGUGUGACGAGCGAAAUCCAAAGUACCGCCAGCGGUAUGUGGAACACUAUGACAUCGUUGACUAAACAACGCGUCAAACUGAAUAUGAAGCUAUUAGGACAGUUUACGGGUCAACAGCCAAACAUGAAGGAAGAUAAGCCUACGUACAGGGAACAGUUUGUUUCACCGCAAAUGAGUAUGAUCUCCUAUUUUCUUAUGAAGCCACGAAUAGAGACUGAAUAUGCAGAUGAAAUUGAUUAUGAUUCUUCCGAUUCAGCGGUAUCUGACUUAGAUUCUCCAGACGAUGAGGAAGACGUAUUUGACACGGGUUCGAAGCCAAAGACUAAACCAAAAGAUAAUACAGAGCAUAGUAAUUCCAAUUCGUAUAGUUGGAACGUAAUGAGAUUAGCAAUAGUUAAGAUAUUGCAACAACAAUUACAAGAUUUCUUGACUAUUGCCGGCAUAGAAAUGCAAGAAUUACCUGUAAGUAGUCCGCUAACUCACGGUACACUGGGUAUCGUUGCACAAUGGCAAGAGUCUUUACGCGAAGAAUUGGAACUUAAAGGUCCACCCCCAGCGAAUUAUAUACCCGGCUGUGCGCCGGAUCCUUCUCCUACACCGGGAAAACCGGCUAUUCAUAAAUAUCGAUCAUUAUUAGAGAAAGGAAAUACACCUUUUAAUACGCGAUUGGCAUCCGCAGCACCUACCAAUCGUUUAUGGUGUUAUUUAGUCAGACAGGAAUUGGUUCAGGAUAUUUUCAUCCGUGCAGUAUUUGGGAAACGACGAUCUCUGUCGACGAUACUUGAAAGUAAUCAGUCAGUUGUUGAUAGCGUACAUCGUGGAACUGGAGAAGAUAAGGGUAGUGAUAGUGGCACUACAAGCUUGCCAGAACCAGUCAGGAUAAUCCAUAAAGAACAAGAUAGCAUCAGUGCCUUCUGUCUUAAUCAGGUAAACCCAGGUUUAAUGGCCCUUGCUACACCUCGGGAAGUACAAGAGAUGAACAUUUCUCUGCUCCUAGAACUUCCAUCGUGGUUGGAAGAUGAAUGCGAAUUUGAUAUUAUUAAUUUGAAUAAACAACCUGAUCCAGAGCCUGUACCGCCAACCAGUUUCUUAGUUAUACAGACAGCAGCAGAUCGUCCUUUGUUGGCGCAAAGUCCUCAGCAAAACAGCCCCCAACCCCAUUCAGGUAUAGCCAGUCAAAGUGGACGUGGCGCGAGUGUGAUGAAGGGGAUGCCUGCUUUUCCUGGCUCCCACGACCUGCGUUUCUGUCAAUUUGUUGCCGAUAGGAGCAAACACUUAUUAAAGCCGAUUCUGAAACAUAAAAUCGAUGGAAUCAGGAGAAUCUCUUCCCACCCACUUUUACCAUUAUACUUAACCGGAUCACAAGAUGGUUCUGUAUCGUUAUGGGAGUGGGGACAUCAGACAGCCGUUGCUACUCCGAGAGCACCUGGUACUUUUGCCAAAGUGACUCGCGUACGUUUUUCUCAGCACGGCAACAAAUUUGGCGUGGCUGAUUCCGAUGGUCAUCUGAGUCUGUUCCAAGUGGCCUGCCGAGAAGGAACAGCUCGACCAUUCUUUACUUAUCAGUGCCACACCAAAGUGACCUCGGAUUUCGUCUUCCUUGGCGCAUGUAGUCUUGUAGCCACUGCAGGUCAUGGCUCAGAAGGACGGAACGUAGCGUUAUGGGACACAUUACUUCCGCAAAACAAAUCUCUUGUACAAGGCUUCAUGUGUCACGAUCAGGGAGCUAGUGCGUUAAUUUUGGCACCACAGCAUCAGCUGCUGAUCAGCGGCGGCAAGAAAGGUGACAUUAAUAUAUUUGACGUGCGACAACGGCAACAAAGGCAGAGAUUUCAAGCGCACGAGUCAGCUAUCAAAUGUCUAGCACUCGAUCCGCACGAGGAAUUUUUCGUUAGCGGGGCAGGUGAUGGUGAUAUUAAGAUAUGGGGUUUGACCGUCCAUUCUCUUCUCUAUUCGUUUCCUAGUGAACAUCCACGAUCUAGUUUCUUCAAAAACAUAGGGCAGGGCGUUACCCAGUUACACGUGGAUUCCGCGGGUCGAUUGUUUUCAUGUGGAGCAGAUGGUUCGAUGAAAGUCCGUCAACUGCCAGAACGCGAUUGUGUAAUACAAACGCUUUAUUAG